AUGGCGGCAGCAGGGCUGCUGCUACCUGUGCGUCACAAACCGGCAGCGUUGGAUCCAGAUGCAUGGAAAUCGCCACGUUGGACACCAACAGAUGCCGAUCUGGAUACGACCAGCACGCCAGUGCACUCGCAGGCACUGCUAGGUCGCGGUGGGCAUUCGCGUUCUCCGUCUCCACGUCCCUCGCCGCAGUCGGAGUUUGGCUUGGACUUGUCCGCGGCGCGGAGCAGCAACGUGUAUGGCGGCAACUCUGGUGCUCUGCGAUCACCGAUGCACUCGGAUUCCCUUCUUUCUGCUCGCCAACACAGUUCUCCCCGUCACUCCGUGGGCUUGGCAACGCCGAUGGCCGCCGAAGUUGCGCCAGAAGCUUCGCCGAGAUUGUCUUCCAACAUGUCGCCACGCCAUUCCCGCCACGCCACUAUGGAUGCGGACGGGACGUCCUUGCGGUCUGACUUGGCGGCAUCUCCAAGGCAUUCUAGUUCUUUGUCGCCAAGACAUAGUCUUCAAUUUCGGUCGUCUCCGACAACGCCUGUGACCCCCGAACGGGUGGUUCCAGAUUCCGCCCCUUCAUCUUCUAUGCAGUCCACCAGACCGACUUACCCAUCUCCAGGAAACAGCUCCCCGAUGCAUUCGCAGGUGCUGCUGGAACUGCCCACGCGUCACAGCUCGUCGCCUCGGCGCUCUCCGGUGGCCAUGGACGUAGAGCUUGGCUCGCCUUCGGCCCCGAAUGUCGUGCGCCACAAGAGCCUGAAAAUACCGGAUCUGCCUCAACGAGGUGAGGAUUCGCCCGGGCACCGCCUAAGCGUCUGUAUGAGCGAGGAAUUCCGGCCUCUCUCACAAGCGACUUUUGGUCCCGACGCGAACGAAAGGACUCCCGUUGGUGAUGGCCUUGACCAGUUCCGGCCGUUGUCGCCCCAAGCCAGCCCGACGCGGUACGACGAGCUGGAGAAGUUCAGGCCUCUUUCGCCAAUGUCCAAAGCAGGUCAGCCGGUGCAACCGGUAGACGAGCUGGACAAGUACCGGCCUCUAUCGCCUGCGUCUUCAAUCAGAUCGACGGUGUAUCCUGCCGAGAGGACGUUGCUGCCCGACUCGCAGAGUGAGGUGCAACGGCUGCGACUGGGACUGGACGAUGAGCCCAGGAAAGCAUCUCCGUCAACGAAGGACCAGGACGAAGCGGAGCGGCGCAAGUCGAAGGAGUCGACUCGCUCAGCCUUAGACGAGGAGAUUGAGAGGCAAGAAGCCAUCACCAAGCGGCUGACGAUGCAGUUGCGGUCUCCGAAGCGGCUCUCCCCAGCCGUGCAGCAGCGAGCUCUCGCAGCUCUGCCUGCCACCCCCGUGGCAAGUCGCCGGUCAGUCUCCGAGCCAAGGCUGCAGCAGAGCCCUGGUGCAGCCCCGCCUGGUGCCACGCAUUCGGGCUGGGUGCCGACAGGCGCAGACUCCCUGGAGCACCGUGCCAGCGCGUGCAUCGUGGAGGAGCUCCGGUCCCCUCCGCAGGUCCCGACCGCAAAAUUUGCUGCCGAGGGGCCGACCAACAGGCUGCAGCAGAGCCCUGGUGCAGCCCCGCCUGGUGCCACGCAUUCGGGCUGGGUGCCGACAGGCGCAGACUCCCUGGAGCACCGUGCCAGCGCGUGCAUGGUGGAGGAGCUCCGGUCCCCUCCGCAGGUCCCGACCGCGAAAUUUGCUGCCGAGGGGCCGACCAACAGGCCUGUUUUGCCUAUGCAGCAGGGGAAUCAGGUGGUGGAUGCAGAAAGCGAGGAAAUGCAACGGCUCCGUGCUGAAUUGGCAACCGCCAAGGCGUCCGCCGGCCAGGAAGCUGCGAAGCUGCGAGCCGAGCUCACAACUGCUCGCGAUGCCGAGGCCCUCGCCGCUAGCGAAUGCGCGAAGUUGCAGCGAGAGCUUACUUCGCGAGAUGCGGAGGAGGGCGAAGUGUGUAUUCAGCAGGAGUUGGACAGGUAUCGGCCUUUGUCAACCGGGUCAUCGAUUCGAUCCACUGCGCACCUUGCUGAAAGGACUCUCCUGCCUGACUCGGAAAGUCUUCACCCACCCGGGGGUGGUGCCAAGUCCGGCGUGCCAUGGAGGAGAGCUCGGGGAAUUGCAGCAGCGCAGGACUUGCACAACGAUGUACGCCCUUUUUCUUCUCUGAGGAGAAUGUGGCAUGUCUGGCAUGAUCGGUAUUCCAGAGCACCGCAGGACAUUUGCGAUGAGGAGCGGCACAAGUCCAAGGACUGGUCACAUGUUUGGUUGGUUGCAAUCCCGAAACGCCUUUGCAAUCUCCGAGCAGAGAAUGGCGAAGAAGCUCACAUUCUGGGAGGAGUCGACUCGCUCGGCAGACCAAGAGACAGAGAGGCAACCGGCCUGCGGGUCACGGCGAAACUCGUUCGUCCACUCUUCUCCCUUAGUCUGUUUCUGGGAAGAUAG